AUGUUUACGUUUCCGGGCCCAAUAAAUGCCGCCGGCGAAGAAUCAGAUCCCAAAGGCUCGGGCAACAAACUCGCCCGGGCCGUUAUCAUCGUCGCUGGUGUUGCUUCGCUGGCCGCCUGUCUGAUCUCAUUCGUGUCUAUGUGGUUACAACUGAAGAACUACCGAAAGCCCCUCCUACAACGCUAUGUUGUCCGCAUCCUGCUCAUGGUGCCAAUUUACGCGGCCGCUUCAUGGGCUUCUGUCAUCUCUCUACGAGCUGCCUUCUACCUUGAUCCCCUCCGCGACAUUUACGAGGCCUUCACGAUCUACACGUUCUUGCAACUGCUGGUCAACUUCAUUGGAGGCGAAAGAUCUUUGAUCAUAAUGAUGCAUGGAAGAGCUCCCGUCUCACAUCCUUGGCCCAUCAGUCUCUACUGCUCCAAAGUUGACAUCUCUGACCCUCACACUUUCCUGGCCAUCAAGCGAGGAAUUCUUCAAUAUGCGUAUCUCAAGCCGAUACUCGCGGUUGCGACCAUCAUCUUCAAAUUGACAGACACAUACAAAGAGGGAUACAUCAGCCUAGAUUCUGGGUACCUCUGGUCCGGUAUCAUCUACAAUGUCUCCAUUACAAUCAGUCUCUACGCCUUGGCCAUGUUCUGGGUAUGCAUGUCCGAUGACCUUCAGCCAUUUCGACCCAUGCCCAAGUUCUUGUGCAUUAAACUCAUCAUCUUUGCAUCCUACUGGCAAGGGUUUUUCCUGUCGAUCUUACAGUUCUUGGGGGCCAUUCCCAGUGACGUUCCUGGCUAUUCAGCCGACAAUCUGGCAGCUGCAAUCCAAGAUGCUGUAAUCUGCUUCGAGAUGCCACUCUUUGCCGUCGCGCAUUGGUACGCCUUUUCUUGGCAUGACUAUGCUGAUGAUACCAUAUCUUCCGCUCGCAUGCCGAUCAUAUUUGCUAUCAGGGACGCUUUUGGUCUUCGCGAUCUUAUCGAGGAUACCAAGCUCACAUUCCGAGGCAAGCACUAUGACUACCGCACGUUCGACUCUGGAGAUCACAUCAUUGCUCACGAGGAGUCUCACUCGCGUAUAGCCAGGAUGGAAGACGGCAUGCGCUACGAGCGUGGCGGCAAAGGAAAAUAUUGGAUCCCCAAGUCCGUCCCCAACAGUCGUACGCCACUUUUGGUAAAAGCGGGGGCAAGUAAUCCACCCGCGCCCGAAUCCAGAGGCCACGCCAUCGACUACCGUGCUACUGAGCCUGACAUCGAGGUUGCCAUCGAUGCCGAAGACGAACGGCUGUUCACCAACGCUCGCGCUUUGGAGUUCGGCGACUGGAACUACCCUGUCGUGACGGCGCAUGAAGCAACACGAGACGAUUGGAUGCAUCGAGAUCCCGCUCUGAUCACAACAGCCACCAAUCGACACUUAUUUCAGCCAACAAAGGACAACCAAAGGCGGCGUAGAGACGAAGUGCGAGAAAGCAUCAGCAAGGGCAAAGACCGCAGUAGUUCUUCCAAAGUCCCAAGGGCAGGAGCUAUCGAAACAAAACUUCAGAACGACCUGCAACCCGACAAUCAGAAGGGUCCGAACGAGCUCCCCGACUCGCAUACAAAUCGCGAUCAGCUGGUGGACCUCAUUGUCGAAGACGAACAAGCUGAACAGGCCGAACGUGUCCGCGCACGAAAAGAGGGCGGCGAUGCUUGGAACACAGCUCCGGAAGGCCAUCCCAAGCACUUCGUACGAACGUACAGUGUGGACGGUGCAGAAGAAGGUGUAGAUAUGCGAACGCAAGGCUUCGAACCGAGCAAAGUCCCAGCAGACCGUCCACCACCUGAGCAUGCGAUCAGUGAUGAUGAGGACGAUGAUGCUCAGGGGUCGAGUGGAUCUAGGAAGGACCCUAGAUAUGGAAGCAUGAUCGAGGAUGACAAUGUCUGGCGGUGA